AUAGCCGACCUAACUAAACCCACCCACAGUUCAUUUGAAUGCCCGCGCACGGCUCUCUCCGUGCGCGUCACCGUGUCUCCCGUUGCUCCGCGUUUAUAAGGCGCCCCGGUGCGCAGAAAGGCACAAGCAUGCCUCGUCUCUAGAGAGGCAGAGCGCAUCGAAGUGACUUGGAGACAUUGUUGGAUGACAGACCUGUGCGGCUGCUGCUGAGGAAGAGACGCACAGGAGUUUUAUCCAAGUUCACUGCAGCGGGUCGUUGUGAGAGUGACUCUGUUCUCAGGGACAAAUCCCUGGGGACACAUAUAUACCCAGACUCAAACACACACGGGCGAUCACACACACACACGGGCACCAUGCAGGAGUCAGAGCCCACAGUGUGCCAGCUGCAGCCCAACAUCAUCUCGGUGCGUCUUUUCAAGAGGAAGGUCGGUGGGCUGGGCUUCCUGGUGAAGCAGAGGGUGUCCAAGCCGCCUGUCAUUGUGUCGGACCUGAUCCGUGGGGGAGCGGCAGAGGAGUGCGGCCUGGUGCAGGUGGGCGACAUCGUUUUGGCGGUCAACAACAAGCCCCUGGUGGAGCUGUCCUACGAGCGGGCCCUGGAGACGCUGAAGAACGUGAUGGUCGAGAGCCACGCCGUGCUGAUCCUCCGCGGGCCUGAGGGCUUCACCACCCACCUGGAGACCACCCUAUCCGGAGAUGGCCGCCAACGCACAGUGAGGGUCACACGUCCCGCCUUCCCACCCUCCAAGUCCUACGAGCACUGCUCCCCUCUGAGCCCCUUCAGCCCUGGGCAGCAGCAGCAGGUCAACAAGGACCCCCAGCUGAGGGCCAUUGAGAACCUGUCCACUCCCUCCAUCACCCAGUCCAUCCCCCAGGACCCCCUGCUGAGCCGCGGGGCGCUCCUGUGCAACGGGAUGGAGGAGAACAAUGAGCUCCUGAAGGAGAUCGAACCAGUGCUGCGCCUCAUCAAAAACAGCAAAAGGGAGAUCAAUGGAGAAGGCCAGAGGAACGUGGGGAGAAGAGAUGCCCAGAUUCAAGUGGCCAGGGACCUUGGCGUGGGAAAUGGCACGUCUCCCCAGCUGGCGUCAGAUAACAACAGAAUGCUGGAAAACAUGCCGGUGGUGCUCCACAACGCUGACACUAACAAGCCCCCGGCUCAGGGAAGGACCUCACCCACUAAGUCACUUCAGAAUGGAAGCCCCUCCAAAUGCCCCCGCUUCAUUAAGGUCAAGAACUGGGAAACUGGCACCCUCUACAAUGACACACUCCACCACAGCUCCAGCAAGAUGCCACUCUGUAAUGAAAAUGUGUGCAUGGGCUCCGUGAUGAUGCCCCCUGUCCGCAAACCAGACGAGUUCAGAACCAAAGAGGAGCUUCUUCCACUGGCCACUGACUUCAUAGACCAGUACUACACCUCUAUCAAAAGGUUCGGCUCUAAGGCUCAUGUGGACAGGCUGGAGGAAGUAACCAAGGAGAUUGAAAUUUCGGACACUUACCAGCUGAAAGACACUGAACUGAUUUAUGGAGCCAAGCACGCCUGGAGGAAUGCUGCUCGAUGUGUAGGGAGGAUCCAGUGGUCCAAACUGCAGCUGUUUGAUGCUAGAGACUGCACAACAGCUCAUGGAAUGUACAACUACAUCUGUAACCACAUCAAGUACGCCACCAACAAAGGCAAUCUGAGGUCGGCUAUCACCAUAUUCCCUCAGAGGAUAGAUGGAAAACAUGACUAUCGAGUGUGGAACUGUCAGCUGAUUCGCUACGCUGGAUACAAAAUGCCUGAUGGAAAGAUCCAAGGGGACCCUGCUAAUGUCGAAUUUACUGAGAUCUGCACGCAGCUGGGAUGGAAAGGUCCAAAGGGUCGUUUUGAUGUCCUGCCCCUCCUGCUGCAAGCCAAUGGAAAUGAUCCCGAGCUGUUCGAAAUUCCCGAAGACCUCAUCCUGGAGGUGCCAUUCACACACCCUAAGUACGACUGGUUCAAGGACCUGGAGCUGAAGUGGUACUCCCUCCCGGCGGUCUCCAACAUGCUGCUUGAAAUCGGGGGUCUGGAGUUCACUGGCUGCCCCUUCAGUGGCUGGUACAUGGGCACAGAGAUCGGCGUGAGAGACUUCUGUGACAGCUCGCGCUACAACAUUCUGGAGGAAGUUGCUGACAAGAUGGCCUUAGACACCAGGAAGACUUCCUCCCUUUGGAAAGACCAGGCAUGUGUGGAAAUCAACAUCGCUGUUCUCUACAGCUUCCAGCUGUGCAAAGUCACCAUAGUGGACCAUCACUCAGCCACAGAGUCCUUCAUGAAGCACAUGGAGAAUGAGUACCGGGUGCGAGGUGGCUGCCCCGGAGACUGGGUGUGGAUUGUGCCUCCCAUGUCAGGAAGUAUCACACCGGUGUUCCACCAAGAAAUGAUCAACUAUCGCCUCACCCCUUCCUUUGAGUACCAGCUCGAUCCCUGGAAUACCUAUGUGUGGAAGGGAGCCAACGGGACGCCGACAAAGAAAAGAACCAUUGGAUUCAAGAAGCUUGCCAAGGCUGUGAAGUUUUCAGCCAAGCUCAUGGGCCAAGCCAUGGCCAAGAGGGUGAAAGCCACCAUACUGUUUGCAACGGAGACGGGCAAAUCGCAAGAUUAUGCCAAAACUCUGUGUGAAAUCUUCAAGCACGCAUUCGACGCAAAGGUCAUGUCGAUGGAUGAAUACGAUGUGGUGGACCUGGAGCACGAGACGCUGGUGUUAGCGGUGACCAGCACAUUCGGCAAUGGUGAUCCACCAGAGAAUGGAGAGAAAUUUGGAGCUGCCUUAAUGGAGAUGCGCCACCCAACAUCCAACACAGAAGAUAGAAAGAGCUACAAGGUCCGCUUCAACAGUGUGUCCUCCUACUCUGACACUCGCAAGUCCUCCAGUGACGAGCCAGAACCCAGGAUUAACUUUGAGAGCACCGGACCACUCGCAAAUGUCAGUGGACAGAUUCCUGACAUUUUGAAUAUGAAAGAAACACAAACAUGUCUCCGUACGUUGAAGUUCUCAGUGUUUGGCCUUGGCUCCAGGGCCUACCCACACUUCUGCGCCUUUGCCCACGCUGUGGACACGCUGUUUGAAGAGCUGGGGGGGGAGCGCAUCCUACGUAUGGGAGAGGGAGAUGAGCUGUGUGGCCAGGAGGAGUCAUUCAGAACCUGGGCCAAGAAGGUUUUUAAGGCUGCCUGUGACGUGUUUUGUGUUGGCGAUGACGUGAACAUCGAGAAGGCCAACAACUCCUUGAUCAGUAACGACCGCAGCUGGAAGAAGAGCAAGUUCCGCAUGACGUACACAGCCGAGGCCCCGGCCCUCACAGAAGCAUUGCACAGUGUUCACAAGAAGAUGGUGUACGGUGCAAAGAUGCUAGAAUCUCAAAAUUUGCAAAGUUCUAAAUCCAAUCGCUCCACCAUAUUUGUGCGGCUCCACACUAACAACCACGACAAACUGAGCUACCAGCCCGGCGACCAUCUGGGCAUCUUCCCUGGCAACCACGAGGACCUGGUGACAGCACUCAUAGAUAAACUGGAGGAUGCUCUGCCUGUCAAUCAAAUUAUGAAAGUGGAGUUCCUGGAUGAGAGGAACACUGCCCUAGGUGUUAUCAGUAACUGGACCAAUGAAACUCGGAUCCCUCCCUGCACCAUCUACCAGGCCUUCCAGUACUUCCUGGACAUCACCACCCCACCUAGCCCUGUGCUGCUGCAGCAGUUUGCUGCUCUGGCAACCAAUGACAAACAGAAAAAGAAACUAGAGGUCCUCAGCAAGGGCUUGCAGGAGUACGAGGAGUGGAAGUGGUUCAAUGAUCCGACGCUGGUGGAGGUGCUGGAGGAGUUCCCCUCCAUUCAGAUGCCCUCCACUCUGCUGCUCACCCAGCUGCCCCUGCUGCAGCCUCGCUACUACUCCAUCAGCUCCUCUCCAGACCUGCACCCAGAAGAGAUCCACCUCACCGUGGCUGUGGUCACUUACCGUGCUCGGGAUGGAGUGGGACCUAUUCACCAUGGAGUGUGUUCCUCGUGGCUCAACAGCAUAGAGAAGGGGGAGAUGGUGCCAUGCUUUGUCAGAGGUGCACCAUCAUUCCGACUUCCCAAAGACAAACAAGCACCUUGUAUCCUGGUGGGCCCGGGAACAGGUAUCGCCCCUUUCAGAAGCUUCUGGCAACAAAGACUAUUUGACCUUGAACACAACGGAAUGGAGUCGUGCCCCAUGACCCUGGUGUUCGGUUGUCGGCAGUCUGAGAUGGACCACAUCUACAACGAGGAGACCAUCCAGGCCAAGAACAAACAAGCGUUCAAGGAGCUCUACACGGCCUAUUCAAGAGAGCCCGGCAAACCAAAGAAAUACGUACAGGAUGUACUGCGGGAGCAGCUGUCAGAGACGGUGUACCAGUGCCUGAGGGAGGAGGGAGGACACAUCUACGUGUGUGGGGAUGUUACAAUGGCUGGGGAUGUUCUCAAGACCAUCCAGCAAAUCAUCAGGCAGCAAGGCAAAAUGACCCUGGAGGAUGCUGGCUUCUUCAUCAGCAAGCUGCGGGAUGAGAACCGCUACCAUGAAGACAUCUUUGGAGUCACCCUGCGGACCUAUGAGGUCACCAACAGGCUUCGCUCAGAGUCCAUAGCCUUCAUUGAGGAGAGCAAAAAGGACUCAGAUGAGGUUUUCUGCGUGUAGGUCCGUGAAGCGGCGGCUUUCUGUCAACAACCAAUCUGGAGGACACAGCAACACUGGUUAAAAAAUACUGUGCCAAUUUUUGUACUGUAAAAAAAAAAGAAAACAGGUUUCUUUCUUUUUUUAUACCACUUUAAUGUUUUUGUUGGGCUCUGCAAUUUUGUCUGUAGCAAGUUGGAAAUGUUCUGUUCUCUGAAAAUCUGUUUUGCUUGUUGAUGAUACUUCCAAAAAUUAUUAAUUGAUCAUUUUGAUUCAUAAUGUGUGCACCUAGUGUAAUGACCUGCCUCAUUGUGAAUGCAUGACCAAGAAGAGAAUAUACUCAAGAAAUAUAAUAUACUCUGUGUUAUUGUUACAGUUAAAAGGCUUUUAUUGGGGUUUCCUAUUUUACGAGUUAAAGUAUGGCAUUGAUAACAAACCCGCAGAUGUUUCAGAAAUACGAAUUAAAGGGACAUUCAGAAAGGAUUCAGGGCUGGUCAAAUCUAUUGGAGCUGGGGUUUUAUUUUCAAUUAGUUUAAUGAAAAAGUCAAAUGGAAGAGAUGAUUCAAAGAUGUACAGGCAUGCAGAUAGAAACAACUGAAAGACAGAUAUUGUGCAAGCUCAUUUGGCAUGCUAACAGGCUGCCCUGAUUAUGAAAACAGCGAUUUUCUCACAGCCUAAACUACCAUAUUAUAUAGCUAUUUACUGGCACUCAAUCAAAGCGCAUCAGCCUCUGUGCUAGCUCUCUUUUUAUUGGCCUAUCCAUUCUCCCAACAUCCUUAUGGUACUCUGUCUCCCAGCUGGUGCUUGUCCCACCAACAGCAGCUGCAUAGGAAUUUGGAGGUCAACCAAGAAGCAAAAAGGCUUACUGAUUCAUAUUUAAAGAACUCUAAUCAAUUCAUUUUCAGAUUUUAACUAUCUAAUCAUUGAUGUGUUUGCCCCAAUCAAAUAUUAUCCUAAUCAUAUAUCAAUCAUGCUGGAUGCAACAUUGUUUUGACAUUUCUUGAUUUGCAUAUUAUUGUUCAAUGAUCGAAUCAUUAGUUUAUAAGUUAAAGGUGUUAUUUUGGGUAUACAUUGAUCUCUAUUGCCAGGAGUAAGAUGAGAAUAUUGAUACCACUACUUUUUGCUAUGGUUAAUGAGAAGCUACAUUCAACAGCCCGUUUGAGGCAUUCAGACAGACAAAGCAAGGAUUUAUUUGAUUCAGGGGUGUUCUUUCAUAUCUAAAUGCAGCAUUAGCUUAGCAUAAACACUGGAACCCUAGGGAAAUGCAACAAUAUCUCCCUACCAGUGCCCUAAAGGUGAACUUUUUUUCCCCCCGUCACGCUGCGUUAUCAUAUGGAGACAUUACAUACAGUAUGUGGUUAAACUCCAUUAUGCUAAACUAAGACCUGCGUCCUCAUUUGUUGACAUGUUUUUCCUGCCAUCUGUGGUAGCAGAAGCAUAUUACACAAAUCAGAGUUAAAACAACAUGGCAGUCAUCUCGACUCCAAUCCUACAGCCAAUUCUGAAAAAAAUGGAGGCUUGGUGUAAGUCGUAUGAUUUGUUAUAGUUUGGCUUCCAACAAAAGUGUUGUUUCAAAUAGUUAGCCUUAAACAUGUUGUUUAUUCAGUUACAUUUGGAUAGCAAAGCUAACCAUUUUCCAGUCUUUAUUCUAAGCUAUGCUAAGGCUCCUGGCUGUAGCGUCAUAUUUACCAUAGCACAACAUCAAUCUUUUCAUCUUACUCUGUGAAACGUUUCCUUUAAAAAUGACAUGUAACUAAACAUUUUAAGCUAUUGAGUUUUGAAAUGUGCAUUUAUCCACAUCAUAACUCCCUAUUCCUCUUGCCUUACAUUAACGAUCUGCCUAGAUACAGCAUAUUCAUUCUCUUUUGCCCCUCUGCAUGAUUGUGCACAACCCUAGGCUUACACGCCACCCUUUCACUGUGAUCUCACACACCUGCUCAGUAGCAUCCGCAUGCGUGUGUAUGUGCCAUAACAAUUCAGAAGUGUGCAUCUCUAUAGGAGUGGGAUUCAAACAUGCAUGUGCUCAGGUGUAUGUUUUACAUGAAGAUUCUGCUUGUUGUUUGUUACCUUGUCAAACAGUCACAUUUAAAAUAAGCAUGAAUUUGUUGCUCUGUGAGUCACACAAUCCUGCAAAUCUUACAGAUGGUAUUUUAAUGGCAGGAAACUGCCCAGAUGGCUUUUUAAGUUUUGAUCUCAGCAGUUCAGUACUAUUGUUAUAAGUUCCGGUGAUGUUUUUCAUUCGGGGACAAAAGGCAAUCCCACUGCCGCUGUGGUCAUGUUCUGCUUUCCAAUGCAUCAGGGUUGUAAAUUGAAUAUAUUGGUGGAGGGGCCACAUUGUUUCUUGAUCACCCACUCUGCAGUAACUUGUGGCUUUUCUUGUCCGCUUCUGAGUCUUGUCUGUUCUCUUUAUUUGUCUUUGAUUCAAAUUUUAAAGGUAACUGUUAGCAUGAUAAACAGAUUUCAAUGUGAUUUUCAAACGUCCCUCACAGCUUUUCGUUUUCCAAAUGAUCUUUUAUUCACUGCCUGGAUAAAGAGGGGGAUACCCCAUGUCCCCACUGUUGUACAAUCUGUAUAAUUUGUUUUCAACACAUUUAGUUUCAUUGGAAUGGGAGCCGUCAAGAAAACGUCUGUGAUGUAAAAUGUGCAGCAAGACAAACAAUUGAUACAUAUAGCUUCUAUAUAUAGCUUCUAUAGAUAUAUAUUCAAAGUAUAAAAUACAAAGAGUACUACUUCGAUCUUUUCUAAGAAUGUAUUUUGAUUAUGUAAAGGAGCACUUUGAUUCUGCUUAAUUUAAAAAAAAAAAAAAGAACAAAAAAAAGGCUAUUCUGCGGUUUAGGGAUAAAACAGCAGCAUUAACUAAAUGCAUGGCGAUCUUCUCUCUCCUGCUUAUAUUUUAAAAGCUCUGUCUAUUUACCAGCACUGUCAGUCAGACUGUAUUGUGAUGGGGGAGGGGGUUUCUUUUUCUGUGUUUGCAUAUUGCUGCUGCUAUAAACAACUCUGAUCCAAUCAGCCUCUGCUAUAAUGACCUUUGUUGUGUAAUUGAUUGAGGAUAUUCCAUUUUAAUGCAUCCACUGCAAGGACUUUGCAUUUACUUUCAAAUAAAGAGAAACAUUUACAGAAUAUGUCAACACA